CUGGUGAGGUUUAAGUGAAAAGGUCAAAGUUCAGUUAUCGGCUUCCUGUUGCAGUACGUGUGCUUACUGUGAUUGAUGAUUGGGCUAGUUUGUUUCGGUUAACUAGUUGGUAUUAGUCUAGGAAGCUAAGAUCUUUCGGAUCUGUAAAAUAGCAGUUUACCGGAUCCCGACGGUCUUGAAAAACUAUGGUGCUUCUCGAGAAUGACUCGUUCUUGACAGAGCUGACAAGACUGUUUCAAAAAUGCCGGACAACAGGAAGUGUUUACAUCACAUUAAAGAAAUAUGAUGGGAGAACCAAACCAGUGCCGAGGAAAGGCAACCCAGAGAAUUUUGAACCCGUUGACAACAAAUGUCUUAUCCGCGCCUCAGUUGGAAAGAAGAAAAUUAGCACAGUGGUCAGUAGUAAAGAAGUCAAUAAAUUCCAGAUGGCCUACUCCAACCUGCUUAGGGCACACAUGGAUGGGCUGAAGAAGAAGGACAAGAAGAGCAAAAGUAAGAAGAGCAAGGCGACCCAGUGAGCCGCAGACCGGCAGGGCGUGCUGGAAACACCAUCCAUACAGACAUCCCCACCUGCCUCUGCCUCCCAUCCACGCCCUCGGCACCCGCCUGCACCACCACCUCCAACCAAUCAGCCGUGAGCUGGACGGAUCAACCCGAGAGCUCGUGCAGACCACCGUGGCAUUAACGUCUGUCUUAACCCUGCAGUGUUGUGUGCCACAGACAGGCGGCUCCCUGCCUAUGAAAACUUGUGAAGGCUCUUGUAGUUCAUGCCACCGGUGCAGGCUUCCGUGCUUUGGAUUUAAGAUGUAGAGAAACCUGUGGCCCACAUGGUACAAGCAACUGUGCAGAAAGUGUCAGAGGUAAUCCGAAUGCUGCUGACUGUCUUAAGUUUUUAAAAACACACACAAAAUUCCUGUCUGCUUUCCCCUUUAUAGGGGAAAUGCCUCCAUCUAGUAUUAAUUUGCCUGCUAGUUCAGGUCUUCACAUUUUUCCAUUGAAAUCUUCUGCACCAUGCUGUCUUUGGAUCUUGAAUUUAAUUUAGAUAGAAAAAUCACAUACCGAGGUAAGUUAAGAAUUUUGAAUGGAGUUUUGAAGUAGGGCCUUGUGUGAACUCAUGGUGUCAAAUAAAUACACAAUGUGAUUGAUGCCAAUAUCUUCUAUAUUUAACCAGCUAUAACAGGGAGGGACAAGGCUAGUUGACUGCACAGACCUACAGAGGACCUGGACUUCAUAUUUUUGUUUUUAUCUUGAAAAUAUGUUUUUGUUUUAAUUUUGAGAUUCAUUUUAAAUUUGAAAUUGCCAUAUUUUCAGAUUUAAGAGUUAUUUUAUCCUAAGUGCAUUUGGAAAAAGAAAUUGCUUGUUUGGGUCUGUAUGGAAAUUUUAAUGCACUACUGGGUUACAGUAAUAACAUGGGAUUCAUUUUGAUUUGAGGUUUGAAAUCAGUGGAUGCAUUUACUACAUUUGUUUUGGUCCUGAUAUAAAAUAAAUCAUACAGUGAAUGAAAUUAACUCUGUCUCUAGUUGAAAACGCUUGAAUUAAUUUUCCUCUUAUUGUCAUUGAAAGUAGUUUGAUGGACCUUCAGUGUGCUCUGUGGGAUGAAACUGACAUAUGAAGCAGCCUUCAUAAGGGAUAUUUUUCCAUUGUAGACUGAGCGAAAAUGCUGUUUUGCCUUUUGUCAAAGGUAGAUCAGUAUAACCUUUGAGGGAAUUUUUUUGUUUUCUGCACCUGACAAUAAAAUGACAUUUUAAAGUAAA